AUGCCCCCCGAACGCACGCUGCCCUCAAAUCGCAAGAUGCGAGAACGUAAUAGCGAACAUGAAGAUAACAACAAUGAUGAUGAACAGGAUCUUUCCGAUACACAUGAAUAUGGCUUUCCGAGGACUUUGCUCAUGUCUACCGACGAAAUAGAUAGCAUACUCGAAGCUGGCGGAAGUGAAGAAUAUGAAAAAAUGUACAAAAGAAUGAAGCUGUUGAUCAGAAUAGGACAACAGGAGAUGGCCAACAUAACAAAGGAGAUUAAAAAGUGGAGAAAAUUUGAGAUUGCUAUACUGAAGGAACGCCGGUAA